AUGGAACAUCAAGAGAUCUCCCCGGCUAUUCUGUACUGGGGCACCCCUGUGGUCCUCAUCUCGAGCGCCAACGACGACGGCAGCGCCAACAUCGCGCCCAUGUCGUCGGCCUUCUGGCUCGGGCACGGCGCCAUGAUCGGCCUGGACGCGUCGUCGCGGACGACGCAGAACAUCGCGCGCACGAGACAGUGCGUCCUCAACCUGGCGUCCGACGACAUGGCGGCCGCCGUCAACGCGCUCGCGAGAACCACCGGCACCGACCCGGUCCCCGCCGGCAAGCGAACCCGGGGCUACCGCUUCGUCAAGGACAAGUUUGCCGUCGCCCGCCUGACGCCGCAGCCGUCGCGCCACGUCGCGUGUCCGGGAAUCAAAGAAUGCCCCGUCACCAUGGAAGCCGAGCUCGUCGCCACACACACCAUGUUCGGCGACGGUUCCGCCGCGGCGGCCGAGGAGGCGCUCAUCCUCGCGUUCGAAGUCAGGAUCCUGCGCGUCACCGUCCACGAGAACCUGAGGAUGCAGGGCGAGGGACUCUGUAACCGCGUGGACGCGGACAGGUGGAAGCCCAUGAUCAUGAUGUUUUGCGAGUUGUACGGCCUGAAGCAGGGCAAACUCGCGCAUUCGAACUUGGCGGACAUCGAUGAGGAGGCGUAUCGUCCUUUCGCUGACCUUUCCAGAAAGGGCAAGAUUGAGGCGGUGGACGUGUACGUGGACGUGGAUGCGGAUGUGAAGGUGGUGCAAGAGGCCAAUUCAGAACGUGCCCAUGAGUUGGGUGCCGAUAAUCACUAG